UUCUUCUUCUUCUUUCUACAAAUAUUAAGAUAAAAAAAAAACCCUGAAAAUAUAAGCUGCGAAAAAUUAAAUUAAAAAAGGGGGAAAACCUAAUUCCCGAAAUGGCCAGAACUGAUCCGGAAGCAAUCGAAACUUUCAUGGGCAUCACUGGGGCCUCCGAAGCUGUUGCCAUAGAAAAGCUGGAGGAGCAUGGUAGUGAUCUAAAUGCAGCUGUCAAUGCACAUUUCAGCGAAGGAGAUAGAACCAUCACAAGGUCAACAUCGGCUGUAGAUGAUGCCAUGGAUAUAGACAAUCCAUUAGAAACUGUACCAAGCAGGCCAGUCUUUCCACUUCUCCCGGCGUCUAGAACGAUGAAUGCAUUCUCAUUGCUUGACUCAAACUUUUAUAGAAGCUUCUUUGAUGGUGCUUCUGAUUUUACAACUCGUGAACCAUCGGUUACACAUCCGAGAGAGGUGAGGGAGAUACCAAUAGAGGUUAACGAUAGCAAUGAGCCAUCAAAUCAUUCUGGUCAUGCUCCUGUCAUUGAGGAUGUCUCUGAAACAGAAAAAGCACAUGAACCUAAUUCCAAUGAGACUGUUAUAAUUGAUGAAGUGGAUGAGGAUUCUACGAUGCUGCCACGUCAGCUGAACAAUCCCUCUCAGGACCAACGUGUUACACCCAGUGCUCCUGUCUUUGAUAACUUGCCAGACUAUGGCAAUGACGUUGAAGAACAAAUGAUUCGAGCUGCAAUUGAGGCUUCUAAAUGGGAAGUUGAGGAUGACAAUGAUCUGGAGCCUCCACCCAAUCGGUCUCAUAUGGAGGAGGAUGCUCAACUUGCAGAAGCAGUUUCAUUGUCCUUGAAGUCAGCAGAGCAAGAAAGGGCAUUGCAUGUGCGGGGUCAGUCUGCCGGAACAUCAGAAUCGGUAGCUUCUAAACCAGCUGAGGUGAAGCUCGGAAACUUGGCUACCUCAAAUGGGAGGUUAAUGAGAGGAAGCUCUUCCAUUCAAGAUGAUGCUGAAAAUGUGGAGCAGCAGCCUCUAGUUAGGCACAGGCCCAGACAGGCAUUAUCUGGCUCGAGGGAAUCUGUGAAAGAAAUUGGAGCUGUUGAGGCUAGCCCACCAUCAAGUCCUGGACCACAAGACAUAGGCAAUCUCCCACAGAGCAAUGGAAAUGCCUUUCCUUCUGAUGAGUGGGGAGGCAUCUCAUCUGAGGAGCAUGAUGAAGCAGUCAUGCUUGAGGCUGCAAUGUUUGGUGGAAUCCCUGAAAGUGGAUAUCGUUCUGCAUAUGCACCUCAUCAGUUCAUGCGACCUGAGGGCUCCAAUCCCUGGCGUGCCCCUCACCCUCCAUCACCCUCUUUGGCAGCCCAGCGCUUGAUACGAGAGCAGCAAGAUGAUGAAUAUUAUGCAUCAUUGCAAGCUGACAGAGAAAAAGAGUUGAAAGCAAUAGAAGAAGCCGAAGCUCGCUGUUUAGAGGAGGAAGCAGCUAGAAAAGCUGCUCUUGAAGAAAAGCAGCGAAAAGAGGAAGAGCUACGCAGGAAAGUGGAAGAGGAACAGGAAUGUGAGAGACAAUUAGCUGCUAAAGAAGCUUCACUGCCUCAGGAGCCAGCAGCCAAUGAGCAAAAUGCUGUAACCCUUCUUGUGCGAAUGCCUGAUGGCAGUCGCCGAGGGCGCAGAUUUCUGAAGUCUGAUAGGCUGCAGUCCCUAUAUGACUUCAUAGAUAUUGGUAGAGGGGUCAAGCCAGGAACUUAUAGACUGGUAAGGCCAUACCCGAGGCGUGCUUUUGGCGAUGGAGAGAGAAAUUUGACACUAAAUGAACUAGGGUUAACAAGCAAACAAGAAGCCUUAUUUCUGGAGUUGAUGUGAAGAAGUAAAAACAUCUUAAUCCCUAGACGAUUAUGGUAGAAAAUUACUGGGAAAAUCUUUUAGUUUUAUUGGAACCUGAAGAACAUGGAUUUCAUGAAGGGUUGGUUGGUGGUAUUUGGUUGAUUAAAUUUCAGGGUAGGAUACCAUUAAUCUGACCUGACAAUGGUCAGUAUUAUAUUGGUGGUGGUUUUCUAUUGAUUAAAAGUGGAUGAUGCGGUUAUGGAUGGAGGAGGGUGCGUCUUUGCUUU